ACACACACACACACACACACACACACACACACUCAAGAUGGCGGACCGCAUCAGCAGCAGUUUCUUCACAACAAAAAGGCCGAGUUAAAACUUCUGCCGGACUUUGAUCAACUUUUCUCGCCCUGACCGGAGACAUGAGCGGCCUCCGCCGCCUCUGACGGCCCGCUGAUCGACGGUGUGUCCCAGCAGUGAUGUUCGUCUGAAGCGAAACUCUGAACGUUUUCAAACCGGGCAGGUCAGCCACGGGUCAAACAUGGCGGCAGCGUCGUAUGACCAGCUGCUGAGACAGGUGGAGGUGUUAAAGAUGGAGAAUUCAAAUCUGAGACAGGAGCUGCAGGACAACUCCAACCAUCUGACCAAACUGGAGACUGAGGCGUCCAACAUGAAGGAAGUGCUGAAGCAGCUGCAGGGCACCAUAGAAGAAGAUUCUGGGGAGGCUACUGGAUCUCAGCUGGAGCUCAUCGAGAGACUGAAGGAGAUGAGCCUGGACUCUGCAGGCUUGAAGCCCAGAUCGAGGCCUUCUCUACCCACUUCGUCCUCCUCCAGCUCAGCUUCCUCUGGUUCUGGAGCCACUGCAGGACCAGCCGCAGGCACCCCCACCCCAGCUGCGAUUCCCAGGAGAGGGCUGCCGUCUGCAGGCAGAGACAGCCAAGACCGCUGCCUGGAGGAGCUGGAGAAAGAGAGGUCUCUCCUAUUGGCUGAGCUGGAGAAGGAGGAGAAGGAGAAGGACUGGUAUUACGCUCAGCUGCAGAAUCUCACGAAAAGGAUCGACAGCCUGCCGCUGACGGAGAACUUUACUCUACAGACGGACAUGAGUCGUCGUCAGCUGGAGUUCGAAGCUCGGCAGAUCCGCUCGGCGAUGGAGGAGCAGCUGGGAUCCUGCCAGGAGAUGGAGAGGAGGGCUCAGGCUCGUGUGUCUCGUAUUCAGCAGAUAGAGAAGGACAUCCUGCGGCUGGGAGCUCGUCUACACGUGGAGGAAACUCAGGGGGCGAGCGACAGCAGCGGAUUGGCUGGAGCUCAGAGCUCCAGCAGCCGAUUGGACCAUGAGCCGGCCAAUGCGAGCUACUCUGUUCCUCGACGAAUUACAAGCCAUCUGGGAACAAAGGUGGAGAUGGUGUAUAGUCUUCUGUCCAUGUUGGGGACUCACGAUAAAGACGACAUGUCGCGGACGCUGCUUGCCAUGUCGAGCUCUCAGGACUCGUGCAUCGCCAUGCGUCAGUCCGGCUGUCUGCCUCUGCUCAUCCAGCUGCUGCACGGCAACGACAAGGACUCCCUGUUGCUAGGUAACUCUCGGGGUAGUAAAGAGGCUCGUGCACGGGCGUCGGCGGCACUGCACAACAUUGUUCAUAGUCAGCCGGAUGAUAAGCGAGGGCGCAGAGAGAUCAGAGUGCUCCACCUGCUGGAACAGGUGCGUCAUUACUGUGAAGCAUGCUGGAGCUGGCAAGAGAACCAUGAGAGGGGCGUCGACCAGGAAGACAACCCCAUGCCGUCUCCUGUGGAGCAUCAGAUCUGUCCCGCUGUCUGCGUCCUGAUGAAGCUGUCAUUCGACGAAGAACAUCGCCAUGCCAUGAACGAGCUGGGUGGUCUUCAGGCAGUGGCAGAGCUGCUGCAGGUCGACUGUGAAAUGUUCGGUCUGAGCAGCGACCAUUACAGUGUCACACUGCGUCGAUAUGCUGGUAUGGCGCUCACCAACCUCACCUUUGGAGACGUAGCUAAUAAGGCCACGCUGUGCUCCAUGAAGGGCUGCAUGAGGGCGAGUGCCCAGCUGAAGUCUGACAGUGAAGACCUGCAGCAGGUGAUUGCGAGUGUACUCAGAAACUUGUCAUGGCGUGCUGAUGUCAACAGUAAAAAGACACUGCGUGAGGUGGGCAGCGUGCGAGCGCUGAUGGGCUGCGCUCUAGAAGUCCAGAAGGAGUCCACUCUGAAGUCUGUACUGAGCGCGCUCUGGAACCUGUCGGCCCACUGCACCGAGAACAAGGCCGACAUUUGCGCCGUGGACGGAGCGCUUGCCUUCCUGGUUGGAACCCUGACGCACCGCAGUCACACCAACACGCUGGCCAUCAUUGAGAGUGGUGGGGGAAUCCUACGCAACGUGUCCAGCCUUAUCGCCACCAAUGAGGCACACAGGCAGAUUCUUCGGGAACACGGCUGCCUGCCCACUCUGCUGCAGCACCUGAAGUCUCACAGUUUGACCAUCGUGUCCAACGCCUGUGGGACUCUUUGGAAUCUGUCAGCCAGAGACGCCAAAGACCAGGAAGCAUUAUGGGAGCUGGGUGCUGUGGGCAUGCUGCGUAACCUCAUCCACUCUCGGCACAAAAUGAUCGCCAUGGGAAGCGCCGCUGCCCUCCGCAACCUGAUGGCCAAUCGGCCAGCUCGCUACAAGGAUGCCAGUGUGUUGUCCCCGGGCGCCGGCGCCCCAUCACUGCACGCUCGCAAACAGAAGGCUUUGUUUGAGGAGCUGGACGCCCAGCAGCUGUCAGAAACCUUCGACAACAUCGACAACUUGAGCCCCAAGGCGGGGCACAGGAAGGGGCGGGGCUGUAAUGGUGUAGGAGGAGCAGGGAGCACAACAAGGUCGUAUGCAAACACUCCAGUGCUUUCAAGCCCGAAAAAUGGAGACGUGUCUAAGAGGACAGGCGAGGAUGCGGGUUACGCCCGGCCUGUGUUCCCGCCCAGCGUACGAGCGUCCAGCGACAGCCUUAACAGUGUGACGAGUGCCGAUGGCUAUGGAAACCGUGGAAAGACCAAACCGUCAUCAGAACCAUUCUAUCCAUCUGAUGAGAGCGAGGCCAACAAGUGCUGCAUCUACAGGAAGUACCCCGCUGACCUAGCCCACAAAAUCCGGAGCGCCAACCACAUGGCGGACGAUGACGGGGCGGAGCUAGACACGCCCAUCAACUACAGCCUGAAGUACUCUGAUGAACAGCUGAACUCUGGGAGACAGAGUCCCAACCAUCGCAGUGUGAUAGAGAGCGAUGAAGACGACCAACAAGAUGGCCGGCUUAGAAAAAGGAAUGACGGCGCUGAGUCUGCAACCAGCGGCCGCAUGGCGUCUGUCCCACCUCGCUAUGUCGCCGCCACCGCAACAUCAAACUUUGGUGGCGACGCAAACAGUGAGCAGCCGAUCGACUAUAGUCUGAAGUACGUUGCUGACGCUCCCCGCAAACCAGUGUUCAAGUCUGAAGAAACUGCUGCCACCUCAGUGCCCCCUGCCCCGCCAUCCUCUGCCAACAAGCUCCGCCCCCCUCCACCAUCAACCAAUCGUCCAGCCACAAAAAGCAACCAGGAGUCCACUCAGACGUACUGUGUCGAGGACACGCCCAUCUGCUUUUCCAGAGGCAGCUCGCUGUCUUCGUUGUCGUCAGAAGAGGAGGAGGAGCAUAGUGAUGUCACUGGGAGGAAGAGGAGAGGCGGGAGUGUUGGUCGUGGUCGCGGUGGAAGUAACGACUAUCCGACACUUCCUGUCAGUGAGAAGGACGCACACGAACAGAGGCAGCAGAAAGAGGCAGAGAGCCAAACGGCUGCCGCUGCUCCUUCCAACCGCGCAAGACGUGGUCAUCAUCAUCAUGGCCACGCCCACCACCACCAUCACCACCAUCAUGUGACAUCAUCAGGCGCCAGGACUCCAAAGAGUCCUCCGGAGCUGCCGUACGCUCAGGAGACGCCGCUAAUGUUUAGCCGCUGCACGUCUGUUAGCUCCCUCGACAGCUUCUCCACGUCCUCCAUCGCCAGCUCUGUGCGCUCAAGCGAGCCGUGUAGUGGCGUGCCAAGUGGUGUCGUCAGCCCCAGUGACCUACCUGACAGUCCAGGACAUACCAUGCCACCAAGCCGUGCCAAAACGCCGCCAUUACCAGCAGCAAGUCAAAAAGCAAAGGACGAGGGAAAAGCCCUAAAGAAGGAGGAGGAGAGCGGCGCCGACAUCCUGCUGCACUUCGCCACAGAGAGCACGCCACAUGGCUUCUCCCGAGCCUCAAGUCUGAGCGCGCUCAGUCUGGACGAGCCGUACAUCGCAGCAGAGAUGAGGAAGGAGGAGCAGGACGGAGGGAAGGAGACAAGGAAGGAGGAGGCGACACAACCCAUCCUCGACGAAUCAGACGACGACGAUGACAUUGAGAUUCUGGAGGCGUGCAUCAACAUGGCCAUGCCCAAAUCGUCACGGAAACCAAAGAAACAGCAACAAGCAGCGCCACGGAAACCCAGCCAGCUUCCUGUUUACAAGCUCCUCCCACCUCAAAGCCGGCAGAGGAAAGAACUGCCGCUGCCACCACCGGAGGAGGUACCUAGAGUUUACUGUGUGGAAGGAACGCCACUCAACUUCUCCACCGCCACAUCUCUCAGUGACCUCACUAUCGACUCGCCGCCCAAUGAGAUAGCAGCAUCCGGUUUAUCAGUAGCUCCUCCCACCUCCGCCCAAAACAGGCGGAAAGGACUUCCUGAGGGGGAAAAUGGCGAUGACAUCCUUGCAGAGUGCAUCAGCGCAGCCAUGCCGAAAGCGAAACCAAGAAAACCGCUCAGAGCCCCAUCAAACUCUGAGACCCUACAAGCCCCGCCCCUGCCCCCACCCCUUCCUCCUCUGGCCCCGCCUCCUCAGCAGCAGAAGAAAAAGCCAACUUCACCUGUGAAGCCAAUGCCCCAGCGGGCAGCCUUCAACGUUGCCACAGCAACAGCUGCCAAAGCAAAGCCAGGGUUUGCCUUCGACUCCCCCCGACACUACACGCCAAUCGAGGGAACGCCUUGCUGCUUUUCCCGUAACGACUCCCUGAGCUCACUGGACUUUGACGAAGAUGACGGCGUUGAGAAAGAUGAAGAGGAAAAGAAAACAAAAGAAGAAGAAGGCAGGAAGAGGAAGCAGCAGACAGCAGCCGUUUUCCCUCGUACAAAACCUGCAACAAAUACAAUAGCGUCUGACGAGCGUCAGAAGUUUUCCAUUGAGGACACGCCCGUCUGCUUCUCCAGGAACUCGUCUCUGAGCUCGCUCAGUGACAUCGACCAAGAGAACAACAACAAGGAGUUCGCUCCUCCGCCGCCACCGCCACCGCCUGAAAGGCAGGAUGGAGGCAAAGCAACGACAGAGCCACUUCCUCAGGCAGAUCUGAAGCCCCGCCCCUCAGCUGGCUACGCCCCCAAAGCGUUUCACGUUGAGGACACUCCCGUCUGCUUCUCCCGGAACUCGUCGCUCAGCUCGCUGAGCAUCGACUCGGAGGACGACCUCCUGCAGGAGUGCAUCAGCUCCGCCAUGCCCAAGAAGAAGAAGAAAGCUGCUGCUGCCUCUGUCUCACUUCCUGAGCCAAAAGCUGAAGAGGAGCCGUCAGAGGUACCCAGAAGCCCCGCCUCCCCCGACUCAGAGUCCUUUGACUGGAAGGCGAUCCAGGAAGGAGCCAACUCCAUCGUCUGCAGCCUGAACGCCGCUGCUGCAGCCGCCACUUCCCUUUCCCGCCAGCCGUCAUCAGACUCUGACUCAGUGCUGUCCCUGAAGUCUGUUGGCUCGCCAUUCCGCCUGCCAGCAGCCAAUAAGAAUACAGAAGAGGAGGAGGGGAAGGAGGGGAAGCGAGGGGGCCGGAUCCUGAAGGGGGGGGAACGCACCACAUUGGAAGCCAAAAAGAAAAAGGAAGAAGAAGAAGAGGAGGAGGAGUCAAAGGCCGUUAAAGGCGGGAAAAAGGUGUACAGGAGUCUGAUCACGGGUAAACCAAGGGCGGAGCCAGCAGCAAGGGGGCGGAGCAAACCAAGAGCAGCCGCUGUGUCUAAAGCUCCAGGAAGCAGUGACUGUGCUGACAGGGGGGGCGGGUCUUCUCGAGACUCAACGCCAUCACGCUCCUCCUCAGCAGCCAAUCAGAAAGGAGGGAAACUCUCACAACUGCCACGCACCGGCUCUCCAGGAAGUGCAUCAUCGUCCUCAUCAGCAUCAAAAACAGCCAAACAAAGUGGAGCAGCACGGAGCGGGGGCGUCCCACGGAGUGAGUCUGCAUCAAGGCUCAGCAGCUCCAAGAAGCAGAAGGCGGAGCCAGAGAAACCGACGCUCGUCCGUCAGUCGACCUUCAUCAAAGAAGCUCCGAGCCCAACGCUGAAGAGGAAGCUGGAAGAGUCUGCAGCAGUGACUUUAGAGUCACCGUCGAGCCCAGAGACGGCGUUACCAUCAACAACCAGGAGACACGAUAUCAACCGCUCACACUCUGAAAGCCCGUCACGCCCACAGGAAGUGACAUCAUCACGCUUCAGCCGCACCGGCACCUGGAAAAGGGAAAGUAGUAGUAGUGGUGGAGGAGGAGGAGGAGGGGGAGGAGGAGGGGGGAAGCAUUCCACAUCCCUGCCACGUGUGGGGACAUGGAAGAGGACAGGAAGCUCGUCUUCUGUGCUGUCAGCAUCAUCCGAGUCCAGUGAGAAGGGGCGGAGCGAGGAGGAGAGCGCCGCCAGGUCAAAGGGAACGUGGAGGAAGACAAAGAGCGGCAGCGGUGAUGUGUCAGGUGGGAGGAGCUUCACAGAGAAAUCAGAAGAUGUUUGGGUUCGUCUGGAGGAUUGCCCCGUCAACAACCCACGAUCCACCUCUGCCUGUUCAGCUCGCUCUCCGACCACGGCCAAUGCCCCGCCUGUCAUCGACAGCCCCGCCCCUUCCAAGAUCCCCUCCUCCUCCUCCUCUUCCUCCUCGUCCAACCUCAACCUGCGACGGAGCUGUGAGAGCCUUGACGAUAAGCCCCCACCUGAGUGCAAUCAACAACAACAAAAUCAACAACAAAAUCAACAACAACCACCCUCGCAGCAUCAGCGAGGUCAGCAGCGUAGUGGCGCCGUGGCGGCUCGAGUCAGCCCCUUCAACUAUACACCGAGCCCGAGGAAGAGCAACCCUGAUGUCACUACCACAGCCACGCCCACAACUACCACAUCAUCGUCCACCACACCAACACGACCCUCUCUCAUCCCGACACCUGUCACUAAGAAACGGGAGCCUAAAGGCGGGGAAGGUGGCGCCAGCAGUGGCGGUGGUGGCGGUGAGCGCGGCUCUUACAUCGUGACUUCAGUGUGAAAACGACAAAAUGGAGGAUGUGUAAAUAUGGCAGUCAGAAAGUGUUUGUGAACUGAACUUUGCAAAGAAGAGAGUCAGUAUCUAAGUGCUAGCCCCCCUUUCUCUUACCCGCCUUCUCUUUCCUCAUUGGUUACUCUCACCUGUCAGUCAAGCUUCUUCAUUCAAUGAGAGAGAACUUUACAAAUUAACUUUUUAUGUUUUUAUACCACUAAAAUGAUGUGUAGCGCUUAGAUCCACCCCUUUCUGCCUGUGCCCCUGCAUGGUCCCGCCCCCUACCUUAAUGAUGACAGUUACCAUGGUGACAUAACGAUGAUGAUGACGAUUCAAUGUUACUGCUAGCUGUAGCGUGUUUUGGAAGAUUUCAUGUUUUUUUAAUGGUUUGGUCCUGAGAAGUUGAGUUUUUCUCCACGUUAGUUAAAACACACCGUGUGAUCAUUUUGAAUCUGAGUCUUGUGAUUGGUUGAGAUUCUUCCUCAUCUUUGAAUUUUAACAAACUCGGAUAAAAAUUCAAUUUUUCAGAAGUUCUUCUCACAGAGUUUUUUUUUUUUUAUUCGGAGAGGAAAGUUUGCUGUCGCGUAAACCUGAAACUUUAAGACCCUGCUUUGAGAGAACACUUCAAACGUUCCUGUAAUUUCUGCUGAAUUUUAAAGGUUUUGGUCUGCAGGUCUGUUAACGUCCCACUCUGUCGCCUUGGCAACAAAUAACACUGUAAAAAAUGUAAGUUAUUGCUGUAAAACCUUAAAACCUUUUAACUUUGAAGCACAUAAUUUAAAACAAAAAAUGAGUUUUGCCAAAAAUGUUUGACAGUGUUGCUGAUGGCUGAAACUUUCACUGUUUUUAUGUUGGAGGAGAAGUUUGAGAUGAAAAUGUUAAACUGAAGAUGGACAAUAAAAUUCAACGAUUAGGUGCAAACCGA